GAUGGGGUUGAAAUGCAACUCAUGUUUGAACACACAGAAAACAUGAACACUUUUUGUAAGCACAUUUCACACAACCUACGAGUAGGAGAAUGAGUAGAGUGAGUGUGUGUGUGUGAGAGAGAGAGAGAGAGAAAGAGAAUGAUGGUUUACAGAAACAUCACUGUUGUUUUAUCCACCAUCAUCACACUCCUCUCUCCUCAAUGUAAUCAUACAUUUUUAUACAAAUGACAAAAACCCUUUUCAUUCUUCACCCCCUUUGACACACUUUCAGAGAAAACCAGUAAUCAAUGGGUGCUUGUUAUUCAUGUUCUUCCUUUCCCUUAUGUUGUUCCCGUUGUUUUAGAUCAAAAGUUCCUCGUUCAUCUGAACAGGAGAACUGCAAUGGGGAGAAUGAUAAGCUAAAGUUGCCUGCUUUUAGGGAGUAUAAAUUAGAGGAAUUAAAAGCUGCGACUGGUGGGUUUUCUGUAGAGAAUGUUGUGUCUGAGCAUGGUGAGAAAGCGCCUAAUGUUGUGUAUAAAGGAAAGCUGGAUGAUGGUGAUCGUUUGAUCGCUAUUAAGCGGUUUAACAAGUCGGCUUGGCCUGAUACUCGCCAGUUUCUUGAUGAAGCAAGAACAGUUGGGCAACUUAGGAGCCAAAGAUUAGCAAAUUUGUUGGGAUGCUGCUGUGAAGGAGAUGAGAGAUUGCUGGUGGCAGAGUUCAUGUCUAAUGAAACUUUAUCCAAGCAUCUAUUUCAUUGGGAAAGCCAACCACUGAAAUGGGCCAUGCGUUUACGGGUGGCAUUAUAUUUGGCACAAGCAUUAGAGUACUGCUGCAGCAAAGGGCGAUCACUGUACCAUGAUCUUAACGCGUAUAGAAUCUUGUUUGAUCAGGAAUGUAAUCCCAGGCUCUCAUGUUUUGGACUGAUGAAAAAUAGCCGAGAUGGGAAAAGUUACAGUACAAACUUAGCUUUCACGCCUCCUGAAUAUAUGAAAACAGGUAGAGUGAUAGCAGAAAGUGUGAUUUACAGUUUUGGGACCAUACUACUUGAUCUGCUUAGUGGAAAGCACAUUCCCCCUAGCCAUGCACUCGACUUAAUACGUGAAAAGAAUUUUCAAAUGUUAACAGAUUCAUGUUUAGAGGGCGAUUUCUCUAACGAUGACGGGGCUGAAUUAGUAAAAAUAGCUUCACGUUGUUUGCAAUACGAGCCUCGUGAAAGGCCCAAUGCAAAAUCUGUUGUGACAUCGCUCACUGCUCUUCACAAGCAAACAGAGGUGUCUUCCCUUGCCUUGAUGGAAAUUACUCAAAUAACCCCGGCGGAAAGUACUAAAGAAACGGAUUUGUUAUCGCCGUUUGGGGAAGCGUGCUCUAGAAUGGAUCUAACUGCCAUACAUGAGAUGCUGGAAAAAGUUGGAUACAAGGAUGAUGAGGGGGCUGCAAAUGAGCUUUCAUUCCAAAUGUGGACAAGUCAGUUACAGGAUGCUUUGAACGGUAGAAAACGCGGGGACACUGCAUUCAAAGCCAAGGACUACAAUGCUGCUAUCGAAUCAUACACGAGUUUCAUUGACAAUGGAACAAUGAUCUCACCAACUGUGUACGCAAGACGGUGUUUGUGCUACUUGAUGAACAACAAAGCACAAGAAGCGUUGGGAGACGCGAUGCAAGCCCAGGUGGCGUCGCCUAAUUGGUCAACUGCGUUGUAUCUCCAAGCGGCUGCUUUGUUUAGCCUAGGAAUGGAGAAUGAUGCUCGGGAGAUGCUCAAAGAUGGGUCCUUGUUGGAGGUGAAGACAUAAAGAAAAUGCAUCUUUUUUGGUUUUUGUUUUAUUUGGAUCUCUAGAACGUAUGAGUGUAUAUAUAAUCUUGAUUUGAUAUCUUUUAAAAUUGGGUUUGUGGACAAAAAAUGUUUUGAUGUUUGUGGGUCUGUGUUCCUCAGAAGCUGGGAAGUUUAUUUGUAAGGAGUUGUGUUUGUAAGUUUGAAUAUCUGUGUUUGGUUAUAUUUUGAAUGGUACAUUGUCUGCAAUUUUUAAAA